CCCUACGCGAACCAGCCAAGGUAUGCCUCGAUUCAGAGACGAGACUCCUGCAGUGCGCGUUUAUACUGUUUGCGAUGAGUCCAAAUUUUUGAUUGUGAGGAACGUUCCAUCUCUGGGUUGUGGGGAUGAUCUCGCAAAAUUGUUCACCACUUAUGGAGAAGUUGAAGAAUGUAAACCCAUGGAUGCCGAAGACUGCGAACCAUUUACUGAUGUCUACUGGAUCAAGUUCCAAAGGGUAGACAAUGCCAGGUUUGCCAAGAGGAAAUUGGAUGAGUUUGUAUUCCUCGGGAACAGGCUCCAGGUCUCUUAUGCACCUCAAUAUGAGAGCCUAUCUGAUACAAAGGAGAAGUUAGAGGGGAGGAGAAGGGAAGUUCAGACACGAGUAAACUCUCAAAGAACCAAAAGUUCUGCAAUCCCGGGGCCUGGGCCUGAUGCUGCCAGCAACUCUAUAAUCAUUUCAACCUCUUCACAUAUAACCUCUAAACCAUUAGAAAUUAAUCAAAGUCAGUUCAUGGAGCCACAGGAGACCGCUAAUAAUAGAGAUUCCUCUAUUACUAUAGUAUCUUCUAACGAGGAAUAUUUUUCAUCAGAAUCUAUGAAUCAAACUGUUCAGUUGGUUAGGGAAAAACUAAAUAAGAUACAAUCCAGUGCAGAACAACCAGAAGCCGGAACUUCCAAGAAAGCGCGAGUGGACAAUAGGAGGAGAAUUUGACAAGUUUCUGACAAGUGAUGAGAAAAGAAGUUGUUGCUUUAUAAAAGCAUGGUAUAACAUGUUCCAAGAAAUCACUGAAGGACUUUUGUCAUCUAAUGCUGUGGUUGCCAUGAAAGAUAUUUGCUUUGCAAAUCCCUCAAGGGCAAUGGGAAAAUUGAAUGCACACUUAUACAGCUUGUCAUCUAUAUCUUGUGAAUGAAAUAUGUACAAUCAAUCAGGCAUUUUCCAGUUUAUUAUAGAUGUCAAAAUAUCAGCUUAUGUUUAGUUUCUGUUCAAGUCCCAAAUUAAAGGGGCUAUGUACUAAGAAUAAUUAUAUUUUGGAUGUUUGUCACAUUUGUUUAUUUAUAAUAUAUUGUCACAUUUUUUCUUCUCA